CCGAACGAUAAUGAAAAAUAGAGGGCAUUCCGAACGGCUAUGGAGUCAGAAGUAAGAACGGUAGUAGAUGGAGAAGCGUCGGAGUCAGACGAUGACGAGUUAUCAGAGACAGAGGCUACCAAAGAUGCACCUGGUGUGGACCCAUUGAAUAUUAAUGCUGUGUCCAUAUCAGGAGAGGCCUCAGAAUCAGAGGAAGAAAUUGAGGAAGAUGAAGAAAGCAUACCAGCACUCAAAGUGGAGACCAGAAAAAGUGGUUUGAAGGCUGGAAAUAUAUCUGCUGCCUCUCCCAAACUGUACUCCAGUCAACCCAAAUAUGACAGUUUGUUACAUAAAAAAUUAAGAGAGAAAAAUGCCAAUUUAAGGAGACAUAUGGUAGAUUCUGUGCAUCAGAUGUAUUUGGUGUCUGCUAAAGAUUUGCACAACACAAGUCUUCAGCUGCACAAGUCCCAGACUUUUAUAAUGAGUAUGGAUAUGGAAGAUGUGCAAUGUGGCAAGGAUUUUGAAUUGUCUUCAAUUUUUGAGAAAUUACAGGUUGUUGAACUUGGUCCAUUUUGAGGAAAUAUUAAAUUAAAGGGAAAGGCAACCCUAACCACAUUGUUCCUUUUAUGAAUAAAGUAUUACUUACUGAUAUCAUAAAUGACAUUCUUUAACAACACCAAUCCUUGCUUAACGAUUAAAUUGAUAUUAAUUUAUGAUAUAUUUUAAAUUACCCACGUCUAAGAGAGCGGCUAUUGAAAUUUAAUUUAUGACGUUACUGUGUAACACCGUCGGUUCCAGUUCAUUUCAUCAGCAUGACAAGUUAAGUUUGGAGCCGUAUAAAUUUGAGCCCGUUCUUUCACAAGAAGAAAUUGAGAAAAGGAGAUGUUCGGUUGAGUUGAAGACCAGACAGACGGUACACGUUUCUUCAUACAAAUGUCUUGAACCUCAACUUGUCAUUACACAAAUGAUGGAUCCACAGUUUAGUAGUUUACAUAGUCUUUUCUUUUCAGAUGACUUGGUUGCAUGGGUCAGGAAUUUUGAAAAAAAAAAAUUUCACAACUUUUAAACCCCUUCGCAUUAGUACAAUUAACCACUUGACAGGAACGCAUCAUCCUUUUUAUUUGUAAAAUCUACCACAUGCACAUCUUUGAUGAUCUUAGAAUCUCAUCAAAACCGGAGCAGAUGGUGUGAUGUCAAAAUUAUUGAUUUUUGUGGUCUUAAAUACAAAAGAGUUCCACAUCAUGGCAGCCUCUAUAGAUGACAAGAAUUUCAAUUUUUAACGUUUUCAAAUUAGUUCUAAAGCUUAUCUAGGCCGUAUAUCAACAGAAUAGUAUGACAAAUUUUUAUCAUAUGAUUAUAAUCCUAUCAUUUAUGAGAUAAAAAAAAUUUGGGUUGCCUUCCCCUUUGAAUAAAGGACAUGGUUUGUCUUUUAACUCCUCUCACAGUUUAAAAGCUAGGGUCUUUGUAAAUAACUUGAAGAUGUGCAUAGUGCAAGGAUUUUGAUUCUCAACAAUUUAUUAAUUUUCUUUGAUAUUUUAAAUAUUUACAGGUUGUUGAACUUAGUCAAAUUUUGGGAAAUUACACACAGAACUCUUGGUUUGUCUAUCUACCUCUUGUCAUAGUUUUAUGCUAAGACUCUUUAUUCAUACAAUGCAAAGAAAGUGUGACACAGCCUGAUGAUGGCUGAUACUACCUGAAGCAAAGUUCUACAAAUUAUAGCUUAAGAAAAACACCCUAUGUAAACAUUUUCAUGGUGACAGUCAUAUAAUGUACCGUUUACAGUACUCUUGUUGAGACUAUGAUGCAAGAAUACAACAAUAUAAGGCCUCAACCAUGUACAUUUUUCUGCACCGUAAAUUUCUGGUUUUUAUAAGGGGUGGAUCUGUAGCUCUAUAUGGUCUGUCCUAAUAUUUUGCUAGAGAGCUAUACAGAUCAGCUAUAAUGAUCAGCUAUACAGAUCAGCUAUAAUGAUCUAAGCCACAGUGUUUCAAGGAGUUCACUUAGAUAUGUCAUUUUGAUAAGAGCCAAAUUGCAUAUAUGUUAAAGGGACUGGUUCACGUUUUUCAAAAGAAAUAUUUUUCAUUUUUGAUGUUAAAAAUUAAAAAUAAUAACUCAUUUAACGUUAACAACCAAAAUUUAGACCGUCUGAAUGCAAGGAUAUGCCUUAAACAAAAACUCAAGUCUUUUUAUGUAAACAAACAAACCAGUGAAAUGUUAAUUUUGUUAUUUAUAGCAUUUUAUUUUGUACAAUCACAAAGUUUAACUUUUGAAUGACACAUUUUGCCUAAAGUAUACCUGAGAUGUGAUCUAUAAUAAACUUGGAUCAAUAUCCAUUUAUUUUGAAAAACUUCGUAAACAGUAACACACCUCAGUCUUUGUUUUCAAAACAAAAUACUAGACUCUCUAUAAUGAGCUUAUGUCAUGAUGAAUAACCUUUAUUUUUUUGUGAAACCCUCUAAACAUAUUAGGCUGUAGAUUUUAAUCAUUUAAAGUGAAAAACAAAAUGGGGGGGGGGGGGGGGAUCGUGAAUCAGUCCCUUUAAUGAAAGAUUAAUUUAUUAAUAAGUAUAAUGUAAAAAGGCUGUGGAAAUGAUUUGUCACUCCUAAAGUUGUGGGGCAUUUCUUUGAACAACCCAAAAUUGUAAAAUGAUUCACACUAUGCACUAUGUACAAUUAAUAAAAUUAAAUAUGCUUUGAAAUGUAGUUAUUUGAACAAUUCUUAUAGAUGACCGAGGUUUUUGGCGCAAGCUCGGUCCGUCCGCCAACAAAAAACGAGGUCAUCAAAUUUUCCCAUACAAAGUCUUUUAUUAUAUACUUUCAAUUUCAUUUAGAAACUAACAAUAAUUUUAUUUUCAACAAUUUCUUUAUUGGUUUAACUGAGUAAAAGAUGAAAAACACGAAUAAUUUGAAAAUUAACGGCGUAGUAAUUUGUUUGUGUAUUGAUUGUGACGUAAUGUUUGCGGGGCCGGAAUGUUUCUGGGUAUAUAUUAUGUGAUAUAUGCCAGCAAACUUUUAAACAAAAAGGAGAGAUGAAAUUGAAAGUAUAUAAUAAAAGAGAUAUAUUGACCAGUCAGUUGUAGUACCGAGGUUUUGCCCCAUGCACACUCAUCUGACACACUUAUCAUGUGAUGGGGCAGUGCACUUCAUAUCAAAAAAGAAGAAAAAUACUAGUAAAAAUUAACAAUUCUGAGGAUCAAUCUAAGGAGUGUACAACCUUCAUGGAUUGUGUGUAGGCUUAGGCUUCUACUGUA